AUGCCCAAGAAGGACUGGUUCGCGGAAAAUCCCUACCCGGGUCUGCGCCUGUCGGAGGACGUCAAGCACCAGUUGGGCGACCUCGUGAACGAGUUCCUGGAGGGGUACUUCCGGAAGUACGAGGAGUUCGUCUCCAUCGACAACCGGCGGGUGGACGAGCAGCGCUGGAAGCACCUCAAGUCCAAGAACGACCUGCACGUGUACGAAGAGCGCUGCUGUCGGGAGAGCGAGGCUAACAUGGAGCCGUGGAACCCUCGGACUUCGCAGUGCAGUCCGGCUUCGACAAAGUCGGCUAUGCCUGCAAUGCUGCGAGUCGGAACGGUUCCCGGCCGCCUGGACGACCUCAUGUUCGGUGUCGUGAACCCGACGCUGGAUGCGAUGCGAGUCAGGGCCUCGUACGUCCACGACGUCGACGCUGCUGCGAUCUUGUGCCCGAUCGUCGAGCCCAGCAAGGAAGAGCCGUUCCGUUCGCUGAUUGUCAAGUGGCUCGCCAUCGACAACCCGUUCGAGUCCACGAACCUCAUGAAGACGCGUGACCUCGUGUACGUCGAGGCGACUGGCAUUCUCCACUUGUCUAAUGGUGAUCGGGUCGGCUACCACCUGAAGCACUCGAUCGAGUUCCCGCAGACGAAGCCGCAACCGAACGUCAUCCGCGCCAAGCUGUCG